AUGCCUGGAACGCCACAGAAGAACAAGAGGUCUGCGAGUAUAUCCGUUUCCCCUGGGAAGAAGACAGAUGAGAAGGAUUUAAUUUGUAAUGAUUCGAAGGUGACAUUAUCAAAGCAAGCAAAGAGGAAAAAAAAAUACGCUUUUGCUCCAAUGAAUAAUCUGAAUGGGAAGAGCAGUAAGAUAUCGAACGUAAGUGUCCUAAAGUCAAUAUCCGUUUCACAAGUACGAAAUACAUCAAGAACUAAAGAGGCAAACAAUAUAGUCAAUAAGAACGCAAAGUCAUUGUCAAAUUCACAGGCCAAACUUAAACGUGAAGGAUCUAAUUUGAGUAGGCAUCAUGAUUUUACUCACGAUGAAGAUGGUCCUAUGGAAGAAGUAAUAUGGAAAUACUCUCCUAUGCAGCGAGAUAUGUCCGACAAAACAGCCAGUGCUGCCGAAUUUUCCGAUGACUAUGGAGAUGUUCAAAAUCCUUCCUCAACACCUAUAGUCCCCAAUCGGUUGAAAACUGUUCUUAGUUUUACCAAUAUUCACGUGCCAAAUGCUGAUGAAAAUCAAUUGGCGCAAGAGAAUAUAGAUGAGCAAGUGCGCCCUAAGAUAGCAAAUACAUCUCCAAGAGGGUCUUUCCGUAAUAUAGACGAUAUUCUCGAUGAUAUAGAGGGCGAUUUAACUAUAAAACCGAGAAUAGCGAAAUUCAGCGAUUUACCAUCUUCACCCAUCAAAGCACCCAAUGAUGAACAAGUACAAUCAGAGGUGGUUUCAGAUACUACAGACAACACGAAUACCACAGGCGAAAGUAACGAUGGUGAUGACUCUUUGAUUGAUAUUUUAACUCAAAAAUAUGUUGAAAAACGUAAGGUUGAGGGCCAGGUGACAGUUCAAAGCAAAAAUGAUCCGGUGGAUAGAGCGCACCAAAUCGACAAGAAAAAUGGAAGAUAUAAAAAGACCAAUGACAACGAACAAAACACUGCCAAUGUAAACAGUAAAGCCGAUCCAGACGAUGCAUGCGAUAGAAAUCAAGAAGACAGAAAAUACCAAAGAAGUCCAGAAAAUGAAGUAAAAUUAUCAGACGAAUCUUCAAACGAAUCUUCAGACGAUUUACUAAUAGAACUACUAAACGAAACUCAAACACAGAGAGAAUCUAAUGCCAUUGAACAAGAAAUAGAAAAAGUAGAGAAAAUGGUCUCUAAUGACCUAAAAGUUGCCUCUGAUUCUACUUUAUCUACAUAUGCUCUCAAAGCUAAGUCUGGCGCCCCAAGAGACGGCGUGGUACGAUUAGUAAUAAUCAGUUUACGUAGUGUGGAACUACCGAAGAUAGGAACGCAAAAAAUUCUAGAGUGCAUAGAUGGUAAAGGCAAACAAAGUUCUGUAGUUGUUCGGCAUCCUUGGGUGUAUUUGGAAUUCGAAGUUGGAGAUGUAAUACAUAUUAUCGAGGGAAAAAAUAUUGAAAACAAGCGGCUUCUUUCCGACGACAAAAACCCCAAAACUCAAUUAGCUAACGACAACUUGUUGGUGUUAAAUCCUGAUAUAUUAUUUUCAGCAACAUCUGUCGGGAGCUCUGUAGGUUGUUUGAGACGUGCAAUUCUGCAAAUGCAGUUCCAAGACCCUCGUGGAGAACCAAGUCUGGUUAUGACUCUAGGUAACAUCGUACACGAAUUAUUACAAGAUUCAAUCAAAUACAAGCUCUCACACAGCAAAAUUUCUAUGGAAAAAAUAACGCAAAAGCUGGACUGUUUGUUAGAAAGUUAUUCAUUUUCAAUUAUGAUUUGUAACGAGGAUGUACAGAGCGUGAAAGAACUAAUUUUAAAGGAACAUGCUGAGAACAUUUUAUUUUUUGUGAAUAAAUAUGUUUCAAAAAGUAAUUAUGGUUGCUACACAUCCGUUUCCGGAACUAGAAGAACACAGCCAAUCUCAAUAUCCAAUGUUAUUGAUAUUGAAGAAAAUAUUUGGUCUCCAAUAUAUGGUCUUAAAGGAUUCCUAGAUGCAACUGUUGAAGCUAAUGUUGAAAACAAUCAAAAGUACAUUGUUCCUCUAGAAGUUAAAACCGGCAAAUCCAGGAGUGUUUCACACGAGGUUCAAGGCUUAAUUUAUACGUUACUACUGAAUGAUCGUUACGAAAUACCAAUAGAUUUUUUCCUUCUCUAUUUUACAAGGGAUGACAAUAUGGCAAAAUUUCCAUCUGUCCUGCAUUCCAUUAAACAUAUUCUCAUGUCCCGAAAUAGAAUGAGCAUGGGAUUUAAGCAUCAACUCCAGGAAGUUUAUGGGCAAACUCGAACAAAAUUUGAAUUACCACCAUUACUACGUGAUUCAUCUUGUGAUUCCUGUUUCAUGAAGGAAUCAUGCAUGAUAUUAAAUAAGUUACUGGAAAAUGGAACAUCAGAAGAAAGUGGCCUAAUAGAGGGUGAAUUUGAUACUUUAACGGAGCAUUUGUUGCCAAAUCUCGCCACCUACAAAGAAUUUUUCACCAAGUAUAAUGAUCUAAUAACGAAAGAGGAGUCAAGUAUAACGUGCAUAAACAAGGAGUUAUUUUUAUUGGAUAGUUUUACUAGAGAAUCUAGAAGUGGGAGGUGUCUUUCUAAUUUGAUUGUAUCAGAAAUGGUUGAAAAUGAGAAAAAUGAAGGAACGUAUUUGUAUUGCUUUUCAAGACACAAUAAAGAUAACAACUCGCAGUCGAUGUUAACUUCUCAAAUUGCUGUCAGUGACUUUGUAAUUAUUAGCGAUGAGGAGGGCCAUUUUUGCUUGUGUCAAGGUCGUGUACAAUUCAUAACUACGGACAGAAUUGGUAUAUCCAUCAAGCGAAAAUUAUUAAACAAUCGGCUUCUAGACAAAGAAAGAGGAAUUACUACUAUUCAAAGUGUAGUUGACCCCGGUAUAAACCAAUCCAAUUUCAUAGCAACUCAAAAUUUGGUUACGUACAGGAUAGACAAGAAUGAUAUUCAACAAAGUUUGUCUUUAGCACGUUUCAAUCUCUUGAGUUUGUUUUUACCAACUGUUUUACCUGGAUUAGAUAUCAUCGACGAAAGGAGUAAAUUAUGUCGGAAAACAAAAAGUUCUGAUGGUGGUAAUGAAACACUACGAUCUCUUUUAGUUGAUAAUAGAGCACCUAAGUUUAGAGAUGUGAAUGAUGACCCCCUAAUACCAUACAAGCUUACGGAGGAUCUAACUUUAAAUCUGAAUCAAAAAGAUGCGAUAGACAAAGUAAUGAGAGCCGAAGACUUUGCAUUAAUAUUAGGAAUGCCAGGGACUGGUAAAACCACUGUUAUUGCAGAAAUUAUCAAAAUUCUUGUUUCCAAAGGAAAAAGUAUACUUUUGACAUCAUAUACUCAUUCUGCAGUAGAUAAUAUCUUGAUUAAGUUGAAGGACACAAAUAUCGACAUAAUGAGGUUGGGAAUGAAACAUAAGAUUCACCCGGACGUUCUGAAAUAUGUGCCCAACUAUGCUUUAGUAAAAAGUUACAACGAUUAUUUGACGAAAAUAAACAACACAUCUGUUAUCGCUACCACUUGUUUGGGAAUUAACGAUAUAUUAUUUACAUUACGUGAAAAGGAUUUUGACUAUGUGAUUUUGGAUGAGGCAAGCCAAAUUUCAAUGCCGGUCGCUUUGGGACCUCUAAGAUAUGGGCACAGGUUCAUUAUGGUAGGUGACCAUUACCAACUGCCACCAUUAGUUAAAAAUGAGGCGGCUCGAUUAGGGGGAUUGGAAGAAUCGUUAUUCAAAACGUUCUGCGAAAAGUAUCCGGAAAGUGUUGUAGAACUUACUUAUCAAUAUCGUAUGUGUGGUGAUAUUGUCAGUUUGUCUAAUUUUUUAAUUUAUGAUAAUAAAUUGAAGUGCGGAAAUAACGAAGUUUUUGUUCAAUCUUUAAAAUUACCCAUUCCUGAGGCCUUGGUACAAUAUAGGGAUAAAUCAGACAAUUCUAAACAAUGGCUUGAGGAUAUAAUGGAACCUACGAGAAAAGUCGUAUUUUUAGAUUAUGAUAACUGCCCCAAUAUUGUGGAACAAAGCGAAAAGGACAAUAUUACAAAUCACGGAGAGGCAGAAUUGACAUUACAAUGUGUAGAAGGAAUGAUUAUGAGUGGUAUCUCAUGUGAAGAUAUUGGUGUAAUGACAUUAUAUAGAGCGCAGUUAAGAUUGCUGAAGAAGAAAUUCAAUAAUGAUGCAUACAAGGGGCUAGAGAUUUUGACUGCUGAUCAGUUUCAAGGUCGUGACAAAAAGUGCAUAAUCAUAUCCAUGGUAAGAAGAAACUCUCAAUUGAAUGGGGGGUCAUUGCUGAGAGAGUUAAGAAGAGUCAAUGUUGCCAUGACAAGGGCCAAAUCCAAACUAAUCAUUAUAGGCUCAAAAAGUACAAUUGGUUCUGUCCCUGAGAUUAAAUCAUUCGUAAACUUGUUAGAAGAGCGUAAGUGGAUCUAUACAAUGUGCCAGAAUGCACUAAACAAGUACAAAUUUCCCCAGAGACCGGCUACUACUGAUGGGGCACACCACGGCUUCAGAAAAAGAACAGGAGCGAAACCCAUCACAUCCACAUCGAAAUUUGUCAGCGAUAAACCUAUCAUAAAGGAAGUUUUACAAGAGUACGAAAGCUGA